GAGCCGGGGACCGGGGAGGCCCAUCUGCGUCACUGCAGAUUCAGGAGGAUGCCGAGGCCCCCGCGGAGCGGGGCUGGGCCCCCCGUCUCCGGGCCUUCUACUGCUGCCAGCCAAUAGGAACUGAGAACGGAGUCCCGGGACUAGAAGAAACGGCAGCCGGGAGGGGGUUACGGGACCAUGGGGCUUCUGACCAUUCUGAAGAAGAUGAAGCAGAAAGAGCGGGAGCUGCGACUGCUCAUGCUCGGCCUGGACAAUGCCGGCAAAACCACCAUCCUCAAGAAGUUCAACGGGGAAGACGUGGACACCAUCUCCCCGACCCUGGGCUUCAACAUCAAGACCCUGGAGCACCGAGGCUUCAAGCUGAACAUCUGGGAUGUGGGCGGCCAGAAGUCCCUGCGCUCGUACUGGCGGAACUACUUUGAGAGCACAGAUGGCCUCAUCUGGGUGGUGGACAGCGCCGACCGCCAGCGCAUGCAGGACUGCCAGCGGGAGCUCCAGAGCCUUCUGGUAGAGGAGCGCCUAGCCGGAGCAACCCUUCUCAUCUUUGCCAAUAAGCAGGACCUGCCAGGAGCACUGUCCUCUAAUGCCAUUCAGGAGGCCCUGGACCUUGCCUCCAUCCGUACACACCACUGGCGCGUCCAGAGCUGCAGCGCCUUCUCUGGGGAGGACCUGCUGCCCGGCAUCGACUGGCUCCUGGACGACAUCUCCAGUCGGAUCUUCACCGCCGACUGAGUCACCAUGGAUGUCCCCGGCUCCAAGUCCAGACACCACCUUGGGGGUGGGGGGGAGCUGAAUAGGCCAGCUAGACUAACACUCCCCACCCAGUGACCUGCUGCUGCUACCCAUGCCCACUGCCGCUCUCCCAGGCAGAGCACUGCCCAGGCUAUCAUCCCAGCUCCUGUCACUCCAGCCCGUGAUGAAGGCUGCAGCUGUGGUGCCAAGAGGACAGGGCUGGGCCGGGAGGGGCUGCCUGCUGCUACUGAGGCCCUGGGCCACAUACCUUGCUCAGUGGUAAGAAUAAAGCACUCCUUCUCCA